CUUCAGGCAGGUAUGACUGAUUACGUCAGGUGACACCUCCUCUCGUGCUCAGGUCCGGUGUGUUGCAACGCGGCUCCAGCUCAGUUCCCGGUGGAGAUUUUCCUCUUAUUCCUUAUUUUAUCCAUGUGAGGAUGAAGAUUUCAAGCUCGUCUGACGGACUUAGAAACUUUUCAUCCCGCUGAGCGCGUGAAGUUCGGAGGACUUCAAACAGAAUCCCCCACAUCUUUUUGGACAUCAACAGACAAAGUGUCCACACUUUGUCCACGAUGUCCUCCAAAGGUAAAAAUGACAUGUGCCGGAUUUGUGGUGGGGAUCUCCAAGGUAACCAACGGCGAUGGCUGUUUGGAGGCCAAAACAAGCACACUGGUCAACCUCAAACCCCAACAGAGUCCCUGAGAGGGGGAAGCCUGUCCAGAUCUUCACAGAGCAGCCCCUGGGGCAGCACAUUGUCUCUGGGCUCCUCUGUGUCGCUCUCCAAGUCCGAGUUAUCUUUGAGCUCCCCGUCCAAAACUGUGGACCUGUUGGCUGUGUUGACCCACAUUCUGGGGCAGCCUGUUCCACGGGGCAGCAGGCAGCAGGAGUUUGUCUGCGGUAAAUGCGUGUCUGUCCUCGAGCGGGUGUUUAAGUUUGAUUCUGUGAUUGCCAGGGUGAGGGUGCUGUCGACUGAGCGGCUUCAGAAGCUGUCGCAGGAGAGGGACAAGAUCAGGCAGUGGGUUCGCCAAAACUACCGCCAGAGACACCCACAGGACUUCCAGAGCAGGGGUAGCACCAGCGAGGAAGAUGCCAAUGCAGAGAAGGAGGGCUACAAGGAGAUGCUCAGAGAGAAUAUGGCACUCUCGGAGUAUGAGUGCUGGUCCGAGAGGUGGGACACUUGUCCAUAUUUUAUAAAAUCUGGUAAAAGAUGCAGGAAAGGCAAAGGAUGUGAAGGGUGUGAUUCCUUACGGGUAUCGGACUCAGAUUACGAGUCUGUUUGUGGGCUUCCUCGUCGCUUGCCUUUCCAGCCCUUCUCCCCAUUGGGGCUGUCGCGGGACAAAUCCCAAAGCAUGCCCCUCCACUGGCGGAAGGCACCAUCUAUCAGCUCCAGCCCAGCUUCACUGGCGGGGUCCAGUCUGUCCUUACGAGCAACUUCCCGCACCGAGUCCAUUCAGUCUCUGGACUCACUGGAUGGCAACGACCUGUUCUACUCACCAGGUGACCAGUCGUUCAACUUAAUGCUGAAGGAGCUGAGAAAUAUCGAAGGGAAACCAGUCAGUUCACCCUCAGGAAGUAGGAUCCCAGUUCUUGGAAGGAAGGAUGGGAGGUACUCGGGAAAAGGCAGCGAAGUGGCAACACCCACAGUUAGCCGGGUGCUGAACUUUGGGGAGGUAGAGAAUGGAAGGGAUGAAAUGGAUGGAGAGGAUGGAGAUGUCCUAACAGAGCUCAGGGACGAGUACAUGCCACUUUAUCGAGAGAGCUCCACUGGCAGGGUUCAUAAUGCAAUCAAGCACCUACGAGCCCAGCUGGACCAAGCUGCUUCCCGCAUCAGGACCCUGGAAGCCGAACUGAAACACGGGGGGAGCAAACCAGCUGAAACCAACGGAUCAGAGGACUGGUCUUCUCUGGCUCAUGAGGAGGGUGGCAGCUCGCUGCUGCAGAGUCUCGGUCACUCCCUGCACAGCCGGGAGCGUCUGAUCCAGGAGUGUGUGGGUCUGAUAAGAAGGCUGUGUGCUGAGGAGGGAGCUGGGGCCGAGUUGGCCAACAAGCUGGCUGAGAAUCUGAAAGAAAUCCUCUCUGACAGCAAGGCUGCUCUGGAGACUCUGAGGUCUGAACAGACUGAGAAAGAGAAGAUUAUGGAAAAGGAGAUCGGGGCAUUGAGGAAGGCUGGACGAGACCGAGAGAGAGACCUGGACAUGCUCAACAUGGUGCUGCAGUGCAACCAGGAUGUAAUCAGUGACCUGAGAUUGGCUGUGGGGGAGAAGGAGCGCCUGCUAAAGGAGGUGGAGAAGGAGCGAGAACUGUGGAGACAAAGGGACGAGGCACUCACUGCUGUCCUGCAGGAGAAGGAGGUUCUGAUCCAGAGCUUCAAACAGCAGCUGGAGGUUUAUCAGACAAACAAAGAGGCUGUCUCCAGCCAUGUCAUUGGCCAGCAUUCAUCGGGGGGCGGGGCUGAACUGGUAGCGUCAUUGAAGGAAAAAGAAGAAAACAGCGCCACCUUGUGUCGAGAAGUCGCCAAACUCACCUCAGUCCUGCAGGAGUACCAGGACAUGGUCCAGGUUCAGGAGGAGAGUCACAGUCAAACGGUGUCCUCUCUGUCGGCUCAGCUCAGAGACACUCGGCAGCAGCUGAGGGAGAAGGAGAAGGAGAAGAAGGAGGCUGAAAGAGCCUGGCAGAACACCCGAGACGACAGAGAACGGGAGGAGAGGAAGCUAAGGGACAGCCUGGAGAGGAGAGACAAACUCAUAGAGCAAAUUCUGCUGGAUGCUGAGGAGCGGGACCACCUGCUCCAGGAGCUGCAGCAGAAGCUUCAGAACAAGCCCGAAGCUGUGAUGGCCAUCAAACACACACUCUGAUGAAGAGUUGGGCUGACACGCUGUGCGUACAGGAACACUCUGCACAAAGAUGCUGAGGAGGGAGAACUUUGCACUUUCUGCACCACCAUUUAGCCUCCUGAACAUAUUUUAUUGUGGUGUUUGUUGAGUCUAUAUUUACCUCCCACAUUCAGGAGGCUUGUAUUUGCAGACCGGCCGUGUCGGGCUGAAGGAACGUUUCCAUGGUUACUACUGAACUCUCCAGAUUGAAUCAGGAAUUUCAGACUUGGAGAGCUGGAAGACUUUGUUGUUUCAAUAUGGAAGAGAUGUUAAGUCAAAUUUCUCUCUGCUGGAUGUUUAAUACUUGAUCUGCAAAUUACUGUAUUCAUUUGUGUGAAAUCAUUUCAUUCAGUGGGAAUAUUUCUAACUGAUUGGGAGGUGGUGAAUAAUGAUUGUCCUGUAGGACAGGAGCGGGUACGAUGUUGCUUUAGAGCUAAAUGUUUUCUUAUUACAAGCUGUUGGGGACUCCGCAGGUGUAUUUUUCUUUCUCUUGAAAGUGUCAGCACAUGUUUAAGAUUCAACUGACGACCAAAGUUUGUAUUUUUUCUUUUUUAACUGCUUCAGUUUUCGGCUUUUUAUGUGUCUCGUUUAUUUUAGUAUGGAGAGUUUUUGCUUUAUUUUCAGCAAAAACAUAUCUUAUGUUCUUCUGGGAAUUCUUACUGGAAAUAUUUUCUCUCAUUUUUAGCCCAAGAAAAUUAAAAACCUCUGACCCAAAACUCUUCAGCCUUCAGGCUC